UCUGGUGCAAACAUAUCUCAAAGAUGAAAUUGUUCUUAGCUUCCGUUUUAUUCGUGGCCGUAGCGGCCGAUCGUUUGGAGAACACUUACCUUCCUCCAAGCAGUGCCCAAACUGCCGGAGGAAACGGUAACUUCUUGAGCGCUCCAUCAAAUUCCUUCCACAAAUCAUCAUCCAACAUUCCUUCUGGUCAAUACGGAGCUCCAACGAAGCACCAAUCCGCUGAAGCCGGUGCUUCCAUCCUUCGUUUCAACAACGAAAACCAAGGAGAUGGAUCAUACGGAUUCGAAUUCGAAACCGAGAACAAAAUCUCUCAACAAGAAACCGGUGAAUUGAAGCAGGAUGGAUCCCAAUCCGUGCACGGAUCUUACUCGUAUCAAGGAGACGACGGUAAAACUUACACCGUAACUUAUGUUGCCGAUGAGAACGGUUUCCGUCCAACCGGUGAUCAUCUUCCAACUCCUCCACCGAUCCCGGAAGCCAUCCUCAAGUCUUUGGCUCAGAACGCCGCUCAAGGAUACGACGGAAACGCUCAGGCCUACAAUGGAAACUCUCAAUCGUUCAACGGACAAUCUCAAGGAUUCUCUUCGCAUCAAGGAAACCAGUUGCAAGCCAAACCGAGCUUCAACCAACAAUCCGGAUAUCAAUACUAACUCUUUUUAUAAUGAGAAAUAUUUAUGUACAUUAUAUA